AUGAAGCAUGACACAGCAAUGGAGCUGGAAGCCAUUCGAUGUUGGAGGGAAUCGGAAAGAACGAUUUCAGAUGAAGAACCGGUCAAAUACCCAAAUCGAGAUGUGGUUCAAAGGGAGUUGGAGGCCCUGCGACGUCUUCGCCAACAAUAUCCCAACGUGUGCGAGGCGGAUUAUCAUCAAUUCUACCACAAAUGGGCCCUUCUGACGGAUCCUGAUGAUAUCACGGGGGUCCUAGGAUAUCUCAAAUGUGAUAUUAAUGUGAUAUCAAAGGGCGAUCCUGUGAAAAUCCCCCCUAAAAGUGAACGAGACGAGGACGAUAUUGAGGCAAACCUGCUCUCGGAUGGUGUGCCAGCGGAAAGGCAACGAGCUAAAUACAUCAUUAGGAUUUAUCGAGCAGACGGAUUGCCCCGAAUGAAUUCUUCCAUCAUGGCUAACCUCAAACAUGCAUUUGGCGGCCAGACCAGGGAUUUAGUGGAUCCAUAUGUUUCCGUCUCAUUUGCGGGGCUUACUGGCCGGACUUCGGUGAAGAAGAAUUCGUAUGCCCCGGUGUGGAACGAGCAGAUUGUGUUCACCGAGAUGUUUCCGCCUUUGUGCCAACGCAUCAAGCUCCAACUCAGGGAAAGCGAUACGGUGGGUGACACGGUUAUUGGAACGCACUUCCUGGAUCUCAGUCAAAUCUCGAAUGACGGCGAUAAAGGUUUUAUUCCGACUUUUGGUCCAACAUUUGUUCACUUAUACGGGUCCACCCGGGAUUACAGCCUCAUCGACGAGCACUCGACCUUAAAUGACGGUCUAGGAGAGGGCGUGUCUUAUCGAGGACGGCUUUUGAUUGCGCUAAAAACUGAUAUAUCAGAAUCCAUUGAUACGGCUCCAUCAGAGGUCGAUGUCCAACCAACACAAACCAUUAAUGAGGCUGCCUAUGGAAGACGAGAGGAGUUCUUCCUUUUCGGGUGUGUUAUGGAUGCCACCAUGAUUGACAAAAGGUUGUCCGAUAAAGGCAUUCAGUUCGAGCUCUCCAUGGGUAACGCCGGAAAUUCCUUGGAUGGACAAGUUUCCACCACCAAGACCGAGGAAACGGAGCUCUUGGUGUCUGAGGACUUGGGAUCCGCCGAAUCCCUCAAUGGUACGUGGUCAAGCACUACUCCAACAAUCAAGCCCUUAUCCCACGAUCGCCUCUACUAUUUCUUGCCCUACUGGGAUGAAAAGCCCACCAUGUACAUUAGGGCCACGUUCCCGGAUCACAGGCGAAGGUUGUACCAAUCCAAUGCUAUCAGCAAAGUGGCUAUGAAACUGGAGGAGGAUAUGAAGGAGAUCCAUAACAUGAUUGAAAUGGAGGACGCAGGCUGUGACACCAAACUCAAAGCACUUUUUGAACAUGUACAACAAGGCUGCCAUAAAUUCACAAAUUUGUACAAAAGCUCCCAAAGCGGACUGUCCGCACCAGGAAAAACUCGCUUGGACCGAGAGCGCGGAAAAAUGUGCCAAAACGAGAUGGAAAGCAUUGGAGCCUUGGCGAGACAACAAAAGACCAUGAAGAAGAAAUCGUGGAGGGAUCGAUAUCGGGUUGCUCAAGGGCUUCUCGAAAGAUUGAGACGUCUCAUCGAAGAUCCUCAGCAUGGUCUUCCCGAUGUGUUUCUAUGGCUAAUAAGUGGUACCAAACGUUUGGCUUAUCAACGGAUAUCCAGUCGAGAAAUUCUGUAUUCCAUGGUGGAGGAGGAAAAAGGCCGCCAUUGUGGGGUAAUGAAGACCAUCUUUCUCAAGGCCAGUCAGUCCAGCAGUUUUACCAUGGCCAACCGGGGAAACUCUCUCACCAAUAGCAUCUCUGAUAUGACGACCAAUUGGCUGCCAGGGCGUCGAGGAGCCGGUGCCAGUGGUUGGAUGAUCCAGGCCAAACUUCAAGUGUAUUUUUGGUUGGGAUCUUCCAAGCACAAGAAAAGUUAUCCCAGUGGCCUACCCCCGGGGUUCCAGAUUACCAAUGAACUUCUCAACGCGGAGAGACCCGCUUUACCACCGCCCAUUUCUAUUCACUACUCCGAAAAACACUUCUUCCAACUUCGAGCUCAUAUGUACCAAGCUCGUUCCCUGAUUGGGUCAGAUGCUUCCGGUUUAUCGGAUCCAUUUGCUCGCGUCAUUUGUGGAGAGUACUGCAAGACCACCCAAGUCAUUGAUGAAACUUUGUCCCCAACUUGGGACGAACUUUUGGUGUUCGAGGAGAUCUUGGUGUACGGCAGACGAGAAGACAUUAAAGACCAUCCUCCGUCCAUCAUCAUAGAAAUCUACGAUCAAGACAAGGUUGGCAAAGCCGAGUUUUUAGGAAGGGCCAUUGGUAAACCGCACGUAUUUCUUGCUGACUCCACGUACAAACAAGCCAAUCUCGAGUGGUUUCAAAUCUACCGGGGAAAUGAAGAGGCCGGAGAUCUCUUGGCUGCAUUUGAACUGUUUGAGCUCGGCGAGUCCGAUGGGAGUUUGAAUCUUCCGCCCUUACCUGACGCCAAGGAAGCGGUUCUUGGUGGUCCAACCGACUCUGGUCCCAUCCUUCCCAUCCCCAAAGGGGUUCGCCCAACCUUGGCCAAAUACAGGUUUGAGGUCCUGUUUUGGGGAUUGCGCGACCUGAAACGAGUUCAAUUUCUCACCGUGGAUCGGCCUCGUGUGGAUGUGGAAUGUGCUGGUCACAUUAUCCAGUCCUCUGUGAUUUUGAAUACUAAGAAAAAUCCAAAUUUCUCUGCCACUGUCAAGUUUUUGGAUAUUGAGUUACCCGAGCAAGACAUCUAUUGUCCUCCACUGACCAUUCGUGUGGUGGAUUGCCGUAGUUUUGGCCGCUUCACUUUGGUCGGAACUCAUGUCAUCAACAGCAUCCACAAAUUCGUGUACCAACCAGUCACCAAGCGUGACCGUGAAGCAGAACAGAAAAAGAAGCAACAACUAGCCCUUAAACAGCAGAUGAAAUAUGCCCAAGAAAUGUCUGCCACCAGCAAACCAAGAAUGGGUGGUCUGAAGCUUACGCCCAAACUUCCAAAGCAGUUUCCAAAGCCUCCAGGAUAUGCUAGACAUCAAUCCGUGGCCCCUACCACAGGAGCGGACACACAAGCUCCCAAAGAUCUUUUGGCACUUCCGGGUGACAAUACGGAUUCAGUUCGUGGGAUUGGCGGCGCCACUUCCACCCUCGAAUUGAGUCCUCUAAUCCCCAAAGCCAAGGAUAGUGUCAUCACUCUCGACUAUGGAACGUACGCUAUUCCUUCGGGGACUCAUGGGGGAGACUUAAACCAUCAGGAUUCCCCACCACAGCAAUCCAACUCGAGCGGAAUUGGAUUCGGAUUUGGCGCUCGAAAAUCCGCUGCUGCCAUCGAGAAUGGAGGACUCGCAUCUCCUCUGGGACCCGAAGAAGAUGAAGAAUCCAUGGAUUGGUGGACCAAAUAUUUCGCCUCCGUGGAUGCUAUGAUUGAGAUUUGUCCCAAAGUUGACCCUUGGAAGUUGUAUCAAAAUUCAUUUCCGAACGCGAUUGAUACCAGUAUGACUCCAGCGGCCAUCAAGAAGCUCUCUCGGUCUGUCAUGGACUUAUCGUCCAUGUCCGAAGUCAAGGGGAUCUCCAAGUCCACCUCGAACUUGAUGACGGGCGGCAUGUUUCUAAAGAAGUCCAAGCCCAAAUCAGAAUCCAAGACGAACUUGAUCAAACAUUCGGCCACAUCAUCAGUCGAAAGCUUGCAACUAGAUUACUUAUAUGAAGAUCUAGACGAGGAUGAACGACAAGAGAGGUUGGAGGAGGAAGGGCGCCUCAAACGAGGUGAGAACUUGGUCAAAUCGGAAGAUGACCAAGCCAAGUCCGACGGAGGAGGUCCUCUCAUGGACGAAGCUCUAGGAGGUCGGAAGAAACGACAAGGAUUCAAAUCCAUGUCCAGUGCCGCCAAAUCGGCUGCGUCCAGGCUCAGCCCCAAAGGCCAACGCAAAAAGAAGAAGUCCACCGUGGCCUUGAUGAAGGUGUUUCCAAAUGAGCUCGAGGCUCAAAGUGAAUAUCAUGGUUUCACGGAAUGGCUCCAAACCUUUGAUCUCUAUCGCGGAAAGAAAGGGGAGGAAGAAUUCGAGGACGACGGUCGAAUUGUGGGCAAAUUCAAGGGUGCCAUUAAGAUCUACAAAUUGCCCCUGCCCAAGGAUUUGGACGACCACACCGUGAUGGGAUUUGAUCCUCAAUAUGGAUUUUUUCAGGGGCUACCUUCGAAUGAUCCGCUACAUGUUCUGGUUAGAGUCUAUGUGGUUAAAGCGAAUGACCUUCAUCCGAUGGAUAUGAAUGGCAAGGCUGAUCCUUACCUGGUUCUUCAACUCGGAUCGAAACGCGUUUCGGACAAAGAAAAUUACGUUUCCAAGCAACUCAAUCCCGUCUUUGGAAAAUGCUUUGAGUUUGAGGCCACCUUUCCACAAGACUCAAUUCUUUCCGUGAGUGUUCUCGAUUGGGAUUUGCUGGGGUCCGAUGAUCUUAUUGGCGAGACCAAAAUCGACCUCGAGAACCGAUUCUACAGUCGCCAUCGUGCCACUUGUGGGAUUGCGGCCCGUUAUGAUCCUUGCGGCUACAAUCAAUGGCGAGAUCCGAUGAAACCCGUUCAACUUCUGACCAAACUGUGCAAAGAGGGAAAAGUGGAUGGACCCCAUUUCUCGGCUGGCAAAGUUCGAGUGGGUGAAAAAACGUUCACGCUUCAAAAAGACGACAAAGAUCCACUGUGGCAACAAGCCUCGACCAAAAUGAGCGAAGAGCACUUGGCCUUAGCCGUGCUUCACCAUUGGCACGAGAUUCCUCGGGUGGGAACCAAACUAGUGCCCGAGCAUGUGGAGACCAGGGCUCUUUACAAUCCCGAUAAGCCUGGCAUCGAGCAGGGCAAGGUCGAACUUUGGGUUGAUUUAUUUCCCAUGGAUAUGCCUUUGCCUGGCCUUCCCUUGGACGUGUCGCCACGCAAACCCAGUCCUUACGAGCUUCGAGUCAUCAUAUGGAACACGGACGAGGUGGUUCUCGAGGAUGACGCUUUUUUCUCUGGGGAUAAGAUGAGUGACAUCUAUGUGAAAGGGUGGCUCAAAGGGCCAGAUGAUGCGCAACAAACUGAUGUCCAUUAUCGUUCUUUGACGGGUGAAGGCAACUUCAACUGGCGUUUUAUCUUCCCAUUCGACUAUUUGGCCGCCGAAGAAAAGGUGGUCAUUUCCAAGAAAGAGUCCAUGUUCUCGUGGGAUGAGACCACGAGCAAGGUCCCUGCUCGAAUGACACUACAAGUUUGGGAUGCCGAUCACUUCAGCAAGGACGAUUUCCUGGGCGCCAUCACGUUGGACCUGAAUCGAUUCCCAAGGGGAGCCAAGACCGUGAAACAAUGUUCAUUGGACAUGCUCAAAACUGACGGGUCUGUUCCCAUGGUGAACCUGUUCAAGCAGAAACGAUGCAAAGGCUGGUGGCCUCUCUACAUCAAGACUGACAACGAAGGCUUGCUGCUUCAAGGUAAAGUUGAGGCAGAAUUGAUUUUGCUAGCUUCAGAGGAAGCAGAGAAAAGUCCCGCGGGCCUUGGUCGAGAAGAUCCCAAUGCUUUGGAAAAACCCACUCGCCCUGAUUCGUCUUUCAUGUGGUUCCUGAAUCCCAUCAAGUCUAUUCGGUACAUCGUGUGGCACAACUAUAAGUGGACGAUAAUCAAAGUGCUUCUGUGGCUUUUCACCGUGCUGUUCUUAGCCAUGUUCUUCUAUGCGUUGCCCGGAUAUACGGUCAAAAAAAUCAUGGGGGCCUAAACGACGACACUCCCCAGCAUAGAUCUUUUAUUCAUCUCGGACGUCUUCAUUCCUAUGCGAAGCGAUAACGUCUGGGCGUAUUUCCUUAUGAAUUCAUUCCAGCAAUCUCAAGCAUAUCGCACCAUCAUAUCCAAAUUGUUCUAUCUCAUUGACACGUUCCGAGUACCUGUUAGUUCAUUGACCAGACGAUUGAUCGAUUGAUCCUUCUCUUGUUAACCAUACCCAUUACAUAAGAGGUGAUGAAGUCGGAAGACUUGAAC